AUGCACUAUUCUCCAGGUUAUCUCAUAAAAGAGACCAAAGACGUCAAGAUAGACUCACUGGAUUACAUCAAAGCAGCUCAGUACGCAUGGGAGCAGCAGCAUUAUCAUCAUCAGAUAUUGUGA